AUGGUUUUGUUCAAAGAGGCUACCGCUGCUUUGGCAGCAAUUGGUCUUUUCAGUCAAUCAACUAUUGCCUCGACAAGUACCUCGCUUCCAACACCCGAGUUAAUUGACUUCGACGACGAUGGUGUGGUUGGCGGCCUUUACCGACCAGCGACAGCGAGUGGAAGAUCCCGUAUCGCAGUUUAUGUGAUGCAUGCAGAGCAAGAUUACCUAUCAUUCUCAGCCUGUACCGAGCUGCCCAAGCGAGGAUUCACAACUUUCUGUGCAAACAAUGAUGCUAGCAAGAGCGGAUACAUGUCUGAUCUCAAUUUUGAAGACAUGAUGGCCGAUGUGAACCAAGGAAUGAACUACCUUCGCAAUUUGAGCGAUAUUGAUCAAGUCGUCAUCCUGGGACACAGCGGUGGUGGAGCUAUGAUGGCCGCGUACCAAAAUAUUGCAGAGAAUGGUGCUUCUGCUUGCCAGGGAUCGGAGAAAAUCUAUCCAUGCUCUGAUGCGAUGGAUAAUCUCGAGGCCGCCGACGGUCUCAUUUUGAUCGAUGCAAACUAUGGUAUCUCAACCAUGGCGCUCUUGAGUUUGAACCCGGCCAUUAUCCAUGAGUUCACAGGCUCCGAGAUCAACCAGUCUCUCAACCUUUUCAACACGACAAAUGGAUUCCGCAACAAUACCAGGUCCAGAUACACAGCCGAGUUCAAGAAGAACUUCCAGACUGGUGUGGUGGCCCGAAACAAUCGCAUUCUCAAGUAUGCCCAGCAUAGAAUGGCCGAAAUUGAAGCUGGAAAUGGAACUUUUGGGGACGACGAGCCUUUCACUAUCUUGGACUCAUUGUAUACCGGCUUCAACAACAAGUUCUUCGCCCAGGAUACACGCUAUCUGGCCCACACCACCCAUGCUUGGCCAUUACUGCACAAGAAUGGAACUACCCGGCAAAUUGUUCCGUCCGUUCGAGUUGCGAGCAAUUUCGAUAGCCUUGCAACCGAUUUCCAAGACGGUGCCCUUAAGACGACCAUCAAGCGGUACCUAUCAACAUUCGCCAUCCGGGUCAAUGAGAAUUUUGCAUACAAGCCUGAUGGACUCGAGGGCAUUGAUUAUGCCUCUAGUCAACUAGCACCUGCUGCUUCAAUCAGGGGUGUGACGGUUCCCCUGCUCACAAUGGGAAACACUGGCCAUUGGGAAUAUUUGAAUGCGGAGAAGCUUCACCUCAAUGCUGGCAGCAAUGACUCUUCUAUUGCCUUUGUUGAGGGUGCCCAGCAUACGCUGGAAACAUGUACUGCCUGCGAGUCUUACCCCGGACAGUUUGGAAAUACCAUGAAUACAGCCUAUAACCACAUGGAGCAGUGGCUCGGGAAGAAGGGGCGUUUUCUCUAG